ACUUGUCGUCUGUUCACAAACUCCAUAGAAUUUAUUUUCGCUGUGAGUUUCGUUUUAAAAAAAAGUAAAGUUUGAACCCAUUUAUAAAAGAAACAUCCGCUGCCAACAUGGAUCUGUGCGGUCCACAAUCGUUGGACAACAUACUUGAGCCGGACGAGUUAAAUCUCGUUCCGGAGAACGUACAAAAAAAAUUGUCGGGGUACAUUGAAAAGUUUGCAGAUGAGUACUGCAAGAACCGCGCGGCGGCUAAUCGUUUAGCCGAAUCUGAGCAAAAGCGGGAGGAGCUGCAGAGCGCUGUCGAGGAUCAUAAUGUGAAGUUGGCAAAUUUCGAGCAAAAUGUCAAUGAGCUGCGCACUCAGCUGGACCAAGUGUCCGCAGAGCGUGAUCAUCUGCUGGAGACUAUACGCAGCAACGAGCAUAUCGCGACGUCCUUCAGGCAGGAGAAAAACAGCAUAAUCGAGGAGCGUGACUCGCUCUUGACGUUGUUGGAACGCCAGAAUGCGGAGCUGGAGCGUCUGAAGGAGGAUCUUCACACCUACCGUCAGCAGCUGAGGAACGCCAUCUCGGCCAAAUGCGAAGCCAUUGCGCGCGUUGACGAGAUCCAAAGCAAGGAGGUGGCCCUGCAGACAAAGGAGCAGCGCAUCGAGAGCGAGCGUCUCAUGCUGCAAAAUGAGAUUCAGCUGCUCAACAGCGAUCUGAACCGUAACAACAGCGAGCUGCAGAACAUUCGGCGAGAGAACUCCAUCAACACAAUGCAGCUGGAGAACAGUCUGAGGGAGAAGUGCGAUGCGCUGCAAAUAGUUCAGGCCGAGCACGCCCAGGCCGUGGAAACCAUCGGCCAGUUGAAUGACAAGAUAGCGGAGCUGACGAACAAUGCCUACAAGCAGUCCAUGGCCACGGAACAGUACGUUGCCGCGCUCAAGAACGAGCUGGAUGCCAAGAACAAGCUCUAUGAAAUAUUCAAGAGCACAGAGUCCCAGCAAGCGAUGGGACAGGAAGAGCUGCUGCGGGGCAUCGGUGAGCUAAGGGAAAUGCUGAAAUUAUCAAACGAAGAGAACGAAAAGCUGCAGGCCGAACUGAGUGCCACAAAGGUGCAGCAUGACUCUGAGCUGGCAGAACGCGCGUCCACGAUCGAAGAGUUGAGAAAGGAAAUCAGCGAAGCAAACAAAUUGCUCACCCAAACAAGGGAUCGGGGCCUGGAGGAGGCCAUCUUCAAGAUGUCGCCAAGUGCAGCGGUUGCCAGUCGCGUGAUCAAUCCCAAUUUUACCAUCACCGAACUGUACGCGAAGUAUGUCAAGGCACUCGACGAUUUGGAGCUGAUGAAUCUCGAUAAUUCCAAGCUGAAGCUGCACGUGGCAUCCAUUUUGAAGGAGGUGGAAGAGCGUGCACCAGAGAUUGAGCAGCAGCGCAUGGACUUCGAGAAUCUAAAAGAAGCCUACGACCAGAUCAUCCCCGAGCGUGAUGCUCUGCUCGAGAAGAAACAGUGGCUGGAGGAAUCGCUGGAGCGGGCUAACUUUGACGUGAAAUCGGUGACAAAGAAGAACGAUCUGCUGGAACGUUCAGCCAAGGAUCUCGGCCGACAGGUGUGCACGUUGCUGGACGAACUGAAUUGCCUGCGUGCAGGCGUGCCCCACGUAUCCCACCACAAUAGGUCGGGCGAUGACAGCAGCCAACCCCAAAACGUGCAAGGCGUCAUUUCCGAACACCUAGUGACCUUUGAUUCAAUUGUUCAACUACAGGAAAGGAAUCAGAAGCUGCUGCAGCUGACGCGUGAGUUGGCACAGACCAUGGAUGAGCAGGAAAAGGAAUACAAUAUGAAUAUGCUGAAAAUGGACAAGGAGCGUGCACAGAAGGCACAGGAAAGAUGUGCCCUGCUGGAGGAGCAACUCGCGGAGAAGAACAAUGCCCUCAAUCUGAUCAACUCCAAGUGUGAGCGCUACCAGAAGUCAUUCUUUGCUGCCCAAAAGAGACUCGGUCGUCAGCCUCGCAGUCUGGAUGAUUCGGCCACGGAUAUGGAUGUCAGCGAAACCGCCACCCUGGACACAUCGGCAAAGGCCGCAGAGCACAACAACAGAGAAGAGGUCAGCCAGCUGGAGCAGCGCAUACAGAGUCUGGAGCGGCAGCUGGUGGAGGAGAAAAGCAAGUAUGCAGCGCUCAAGGAGAACUACGAGUACUACACCAGCGAGAAGCGGAAGAACGAUGCCUUGGCCCAGGAACAAUUCGAUUCGAUGCGCAAGGAAGUCCGCGAGCUAACCUCCACCAACUGCAAGCUGCUGAACUCCACAGAUUUCCAGAAGGAACAGAUCGAUCUGCUGCACAGGAACGUGGAGGCGUGCAAGAAGCAAAUCUCGGCAUUGGAAGAUCGUAAUCGUAGCUACGAGAAGACAAUCAUCAAGCACGAGCAGACCAUGCAUCUGCUCAAGGAUGAAACGAUGGCGGCGCACAAAAAGUCAUCUGCCGCCGAAGCGGAGGCCUACAAUCUGCGACAGGAGAACCGCAACCUGAAGGACACGGCCACACGUCUGCAGAUCGAGAAGGAGAGCUUCCAUCGCGAUCAGCACAGUCAGUCGCUGCUGCUCAACAAUUUGGAGUUUAUCAAGUCCAAUCUCGAGCGUUCAGAGACUGAGGGACGCCUUCGCCUCGAGCAGCGGCUGGAUGAUGCGGCGCGAGAGCUGGCCGCCCAGCGGCGACACCAGCAAGAGGAGCAGGAAAAGUUCCAGGAGACCGUGAACGAAUUCAAACGUCAAGCCGAAACUGCCAUCAAGCUGAAGGAAGAAGAGCGGCAGCAGGCAGAAAAGUGGCAAGCGGAGCUCGUGAGUGUACGCGAGGAGCUGGCCCAAAAGGUUACGCAGGUGAACGAGCUAAGCAAGAAGCUGCAGGAGAGCCUGACGCCCUCGAUGAACGAGAAUCCGGUGUCGGCAGCCAACAAACGCGCACGAGAAUUCGAGCUGAAGUACAACCAGGCCGCUGUUGAGAUUGAAUCGCUGCAGAAGGAGCUGAUCUCGCUGCGUGCGCAUGGCGAGCAGUUCUACAAGAUGUCGCAGACUGCCGAGGCCGAGGUAAAGCGUCUGCACGAGCUGCACUCCGAGAUGGUGGCCAAUCACGAGGAUGAGAUGAAGAAGCUGAAGAGCGCCGAGACAGAGCUGAGGGCACGCAUCGAUGAGCUGGAGGCCGAGGCAAUGCUCCUCAAUGUCACCGAACAGACCAAGAGUAUUAACCAAACCGAUCAGGUGAAGGUGGCCCAGGAUGAGAUGAAGACUGUGCUCGAGAAGCUCACCGAAUCGGGUCGCACCAUCCGCACGCUGCGCACUGAGAACACUACGCUGGCCGAGUCGCUGCACGAAGUGGAAGUAAAGUAUGCCAACGAAAUGGUGCAGCAUUCGGCUGAUAUCCAAGACCUGACCAAGCUGAAGACCGACAACUACAAGCUGAGGGAUGAGCUGAACCAGCUGAAGGCGGGACAGGAGUCGCUGCAGGCCGCUCACGAUGAGCUGGUCAAGGCGAAUGCCGAGGCCCAAAGUCUGCUGGAGAAAGAGAAGGAGGAGACGGACAAACGCGUGGCCGAUUUGAAUGCUUUGAAUGCCACAUUGCACGACCAGAUUGAGGCACUCACCACCAAGCUGACGGCCCUGAGUCAGUCGGGCACGAACACUUCCUUGCUGAACGAAUCUCUGGCACUGGAUGCGGACCAAAGUCUCAAUAUUUCGGGCUUGGCUGCGGAGGAGAUACGCAGCAAUGAGCAGCUGCUGAAGAUCAUCAAGUUCCUGCGCCAAGAGAAGGAUCUGUGCGUGGCCAAGAUGGACAUUAUGAAGGCCGAGAAUGCGCGUCUCAAGUCGGAGCUCACAAUUAUGCAGAAGAAGUUGGACGAGGUGACUGUCUGUCUCAACCAGGAGCGCUCCAAGAACCAGACUGAGGUUAUUUCCACCUUCAAGUACGCUGAGGUGUUGCGCAAGAUCGAGACCCUGGACGCCAUCACAGAUAGCAAUCGCAUUCUGCGGGAGGAGCGCAACAGUCUGACACAGCGGCUGGAGGAGCUCACGAGCCGCAUACAGAGUUUGGAGAAGGAACUGUUCCCGCUGCAGUGCAGCAACAAGGAGCUAACCUCGAAGAUUGAGGAACUCAAUUUGGAGAACACUUCGCUGCGCACCGAAGCCGUCAAGUGGCGUCAGCGUGCCAAUGUCCUCGUGGAGAAGAGCAAUCGCAAUCCGGAGGAGUUCAAGCGCAUCCAGACGGAGCGCGAGAAUCUGGCCAAGCAGCUGACGGCUGAAAGGGAACUCAGCAAGAAGCAAACCGACGAGAUUGGCCUACUGAAGUCGGAGCUGCCAGCGUUGAUGGGCAAACUGCAAGCCCUGGACGAUGCACGCAAGAAGCAGAUGGAGGAGACCAUAAAUCUGCGGCAGGCAAACUCACGACAGACGCAGGACAUUAUGGAGCUGAAGAAUCGCCUGCUGCAGAAGGAGGAGGAACUAAUGAAGGCCACCGACGAGCUGGAUGCCAAGGAGAAGGCUCUGCAGGAAAAGGACACCAAGGAGUUGGCCCUGCGCAAGGUGGCCAAGCGCUACAGGGAAGGCUACAUAAGUCUGCAGGCGCAACAGGGUGGCGCCGACAUCAGUGCCGAUCUGGAGAAGGUACGCUCCGAGCUGGAUGAACUUGGCAAUCAGUACAGAGCCGCCAAGGAGGAGCUGGAGAAGGUGACCAGUGAGAAUGAUGCUCUGAAGAGUCGCCAAACCGAACCCGAGACCGAUGCGAAUGCCGUGCGGCAGGAGCACAAGGUGAAGGUGGACAAGCUCAUACAGGAUCUGACAGUGGCCAGAACGGAUCUGGUCAAUCAGGAGGCCACGCUGGCCAGCAACAAAACCCAAUACGACGAGAACGUUGCCCGUCUGGAGAAGGAGCUGCAGGAGAGUAUUGCCGCCAACAAGGAGGUCAACUUGCGGCUCACCCGCGAGAAUGAGUCGCUGCACAUGCGCAUCAAUCAACUCACGCGCCAAUUGGGCUCCCAGCAGUCGACCAAACCCUCGACGAGCUCUGUCGCCGAGAAGGGCAACAUAUCAGAGUCCUCAUCGCCGCGCACGGCCAAUGUGAAGCCCAUGUCCGGGUCGGCCACGGUCCAGCAGUCGGCCACUGUCACGCCCUGGCGUGGCGGGGAGACACCCUUGGCCAGCAUCCGGCCCAUUUCGGUGCAGAACAGCCGCACGGCUGCCAUCUUGCCCACCAGCCAGCAACCGUCGGCGGGCAGUGCUUCCACAUCCUCUUCGUCGACAUCUACAACAUCAGCAUCGGCCAGCGGCAGCAGCUCGGCGGUGGCCAACACGGCCUUGGUGCCGCCGCAGCAGCAGGUGCACACCACAGGCAGUGGCGCCUUGGAAUCGAUGGCCUCCUCAUCGCCCACAUCUUCACACACAGACUACAUGCCAUCGACGAGCUCUGCGGCUGUAGCGGUUGCCGCCAUACCACCCAUGGGCGCCACCUCUGCCGCUGAGAGUUCCCAGGAAGCGGAGAGCGUGCAGCAUCCACAGCAGAAUGAUUCGCAGCUAUUUGCAGGAGGAUCGCAGCAGCAGGUCGUCGCUUUGGUGUCGCCACGCGUGGAGGGCUCCUCGUCGACUUCUACCUCCACAUCGACAGCGACUUCCACACCGAAUCCAACGGCGAAUCCCAGUGUGCAGGACGCGAGCCAGCAGAGCCAGCAGCCGAGCACAUCCGGCAGCAGCAGCAGCUCCUCGACGGUUGUCAGCAGUCACAGCCGCCACACACCGUCCAGCAGCAAUGUGACCACCACUCAGGCAGGCUGCUCCUCCAUUGGCAUCAAGCGUCCGCGCGACGUGGAAGGAGACUCCACCAAUACCGAGGAUGGUGUGCCCGAGAAGAUGAAGCGUCUGCGUGCUCCCAUGCACAGUGAGGAGCUGUCCGCCACGCACAUUGGCGACUCUGGCAUGGACGUUGAUCAGAUGCCCACCUCGUCACAGCGCGAUCAGGAGGACGACAUUCAGGUGGUGGACUCUGACGAUGAGGACGAUGUCUUGGCGGAUGCCGAUGAUGGACCCGUCGACGGUGGCGAGGCCGAUCAGGAGGGCUACGAGGACUCGUACGAGCAGGACAAUGACAUGGACAACGAUGGUGCUGACGAUGAGAAUGAGAUGGCGUCCGACGCUCAGGACAACAACGAGGUGGACAUUGAGGAGCAGCAGCUGCAGGUGCAAGAGGAGAGCCAAUUGCUGGACAACCAAGCUGGUGCUGCAGUGGUGGCCGCCGCUGCCUCUGCCUCUACGCAGGAGAACAACCAGAGCCAGGCCAUCACCAGCGGCAGCGGAGAGUCUUCGAAUCCAGCCAAAUUGCCACAGGCCGAGACCUCCCCAUGGAAGCAGGCGGUCGCCUCGACAUCAUCAGCAGCAGCAGCAUCUCGGCGUUUGGAGAGCAGCUCCGUGGAGAUUGUUAGCUCUCCGCAAGUGUCCAACUUUAGUGAGCAGCCGGCGCGUGUGGAGACAGCAGAGGUAGAUGGAACCGCAGCUGUGGCGCCCGACGAGAGUGCUGGACCCAGUGGCGAAGGCACAGCAGCAGCAUUACCCCAAAAGCCAAACGAGGCAGCCGAAACCAAUGCAGCCGAUGCCGCCAGCAAACUACCCAGCGAGAGUGACUUGGGCGGAGCAGAAGAUAUCUGCGAGGCUGACGAGGCAUUUGCCGAGGAGACGCUGGAACCUGGCCAGGGUGAAGACUCACAGCAGCUCGGGAACGAAAAUCAAAAUGUAGGCACAAGUCAGUCUGAAUUGUCGGAUAAUCAGCCAAAUCAAGCGGAAGGCGGUUCGGGUGAGGCCAACGAAGGCACAGAUGGCGUCUCCUCAGAGGGUGAGAAGCAGGCAGUGGGUGUUGAGGAGGAGGGACGUGAGGCAGAGGCCACUUCACCGUCGGAUAACACGCGAUAUCGCAACCUGCGCAGUGGCUUGCCGCCCAACAACAACAAUAACAACAGCAACACCAACCGCGGGGUUCGCAGGACACGUGGGAAUCCAAACACGAACCAGAAUCGUUCACGCAUUGUGUGGCAGCGUUCUGAUGGGCCAAACAAUCCCAAUAUGCAGGGUGAUCAGGGUUCACCCACUAAUCGUGGAUACAACAAUCAACGCGGCGGUCAACGUCCGCGCGGCACUCGCCCGCGUCGUCAGCCGACAAACAACUUUAACAACAAUCCCGGACGUUACUAGCAGGAACCGGAUUCCGGCGCAUCACCAGACGAGAGUCGGCAGUAACAUUUUUGCCUAUAUAUCGGUGGAGCAUAAAGACGCAUCGCACCGUCGCAUUUUCUUGAUUAGCUCGUCGUCGGUUCUCGCACAUUCAACUAAAUAUAUUUAAGAACUAUAAUUAAAAUUAAAAUAAAGCCAAUUAAAUUGA